AUGGUGGAAAGUUUACCGAUUUCCCAGGAAGAAAGUAUCGCAGGGGAAAAGCAACAUUAUGUUGGUUUACUGGAUAUUGAAACCUUCUUUGUGCACGGUAUUGAAGAGGUGAUGCAUCGUCUUCUAUACAUUGAUAAUGAUGUGCAACAUGAGCUCUACUAUCAUUUUCAGAGACCAAAUGGUGAUUUAGAUUUUGAUCUAUUGGCUUUAGCUUGUGAUGAUGAUGUUUGGCAUCUAGCUACAUAUGUUGGUCAACAUAAGGUAAUAGAGGUGUAUAUAGCGCAUGAGCUAUUAACAACAUUUUUGUUGGUUGACAUAUAUACUUAA